GUGUGUGGGCUUAAGAAAAUCUUGAGAGUAUAAACUUUACUAGGUAAAUAGGUUUUUUUCAGUCUGUUUUUUACUGAGAUCUCAUUACAGCCACUGGACCAAUCAAAUCAGACCACAGCUUCAAAUCAUCCAAUCAGGGGCUGACUCUAAACUUGGUUUUCUACUGAACUGUCUGAGUUCCUAACAUCACUAUCACUUUGUUUGUACAAGAACGAUGAUCACACUCUUUGUUGCUCUUUGCCUCUUAACAUCAGUGAAACCUUCUAACAUCAAGGAGAUUCAAGUUAAAACAAUAAAGAGUGGAGAAGAUGUUACUAUAAAAUGCGGCGUGUCCAGUGACAAAGAUAACUUUUUUUGGUUCAAACAGAGUUUUGGAAAGGUUCCUCAGUUGUUAGGGAGAACAGUGGGGAAAGAUUUCAGACCUAAUGAUAAACGCUUCAGUGUUAGUGAUGUAAAAUUGUUUAAUCUCAACAUUACAAAUGUGACAGAAGAGGAUACAGGAACAUACUUCUGUGUAGAAAUGCUGAACACUUCACCAGACUUUACAUCUGGAACCCUUUUGGUUGUUGAAGAUUUGGAGAGGAAACGAUCUCCUCCAGCUGUAACUGUGUUGGAGAACGGAGAGUCGCUCACACUCCAGUGUUCAGUACAAGCCAUUACUUCAAGCUGUGAAGAACCGAGCGUGUACUGGUUCAGACACGGCUCAGGAGAAUCUGAUCCAGGAAUCAUUUACACUCAUGGAAACACCAGUGAUGAGUGUAAGAAGAGCUCUGAGGCUGGUUCUCCUCCACAGAGCUGUGUCUACACUCUCCCCAAGAGGAAGCUCACAACCUCUGGUAAAGAAACGCUCUACUGUGCUGUGGCUGAGUGUGGACAAAUCCUCUUCAGGAAUGGAAAUAAAGCUGCAGAGAAAAGUUGUUGUUUCCAGAUUCAGGUGAUGAUCUAUCUUUCCAUGUUUAGAGUUGGAGUUCUUGCCUUUCUGGUUAUUAUCUUUACAAUCAUUUUUUUUGUAAAAAGAAAUAGAAAAAAUUGUUAGUUUCACUUUUGCUGUACUUUCACAUGCAUUAUUACAUAUUGUCUUUCUUGUUUUCUUGUGAUCUCGACAUAAUAAAACUCAGUUUUCAUAAUUGUAUAGCGAGAAAAAUCACAAUAAUAAAGUUGCAGACAUCACAGCCUACUUCUUAAGUGUCAGACACAGUUUGAGUCCCUGAUCAGAGCAAACACAUUGAUCCAUGAUGUGGUUUUUCUACCUAAUUUUUUUUUUAAUUUUAUUCAGAUAAUUGACUAAUAUUUAUAUUGAAUAUAAAAAGUCCUCUUUAUUUCUGAGAUCUUAAUAUCCCAUCUUGGUCUGUGAUUUCAUUUACAUUUUGCUUGUAGUUUUGUAUUUUGGCUUUAAUAUAUUUUUAAAUGAUGAAAGUCUCAGAUGCUUCACUGUCAUGUAGAGCUGCAAUGAAUGUACUGAAUAAA